AUGGUUGAUCGUUGUAGGAACAACGUUGAACACCAAAGAGCGGACGUAUCUAGUUCUUUGAAGGAAUGUGUGCCUAGUGAGAGUCAACUGGAGGAAGUCUUCGGUACCAGUUCUUCAGCACUCCUGAGCAACGCCUGUAACACGGUUCGAAUUUCCGAAGCUUUCUCUGAAUCUCCAGGGCCUAGCAAAGAAUAUCAUUUGCUCACCCCACUGGUAGAAAAUCAUAUCAAUCUUAUUCCUGCGGUUGAAGAACUGCCACCUAGUCCACAAUCACCGUUUUCAUCAGACCAUUCGGAAUAUGUUCCAGAAGACGUAUCGACAUCUUCCGAUAGCGAUUCAUUACCUUUGAGUCGAUUACAUAGUUUGGUGCGUGAAAAUAACUUAGAAGGAAUGCAAACUUUUCCGCAAGUUAUUUCACAGUCAAGAAAACGUCUACUGUCGCCUACUAAAUGGAAAAGGAAUAUAGCUAGAGAAAAAAGAGCUCGAGGUGAACAAUACGUUUCUUCCAGAAAUAGAAAUGUGCCGGCUGUCAAUAUGAAUCCUCCAUGUCCCGAUAGUUGUAGAAAAAAAUGUUUUUCGAAGUUAAAGUAUGAAGAAAGGCUACAGAUAUUCAAAUCAUACUGGAAUUUGGCUAACUAUUCUCGACAACGUGACUUCAUACAAAGUAAUACGAACAAGAAAGAGACCCGCACGAAAACUGCAGGUGAAAAUUCUAAGAGAAGUGCGUCGAUUACUUUUUUCCUACCUAUCAACGGUGAGAAAAUGUCAGUUUGCAAAACUAUGUUUAUAAAUACUUUGGGCAUCAAGAAAGGAAUGGUUGACAUAGCUUUGAAGAAACGAACAUUAGAGAACACUACUACUGUUGACAAAAGAGGUAAACAUGUUAAGAAAGUUACUUCAAUCGACGUUCUGGAAAAUAUGAAAAGACACAUAGAGAGCUUUCCGUCUGUGCCAUCCCAUUAUUGCAGAUCGGGGACAAAGCGUCAGUACCUUUGCUCGACCUUGAAUAUUACUCUUAUGUAUAAACUAUAUUGCAGUUGGUGCGAUGACAGAAAUGUAGAGAAGGCAUCUGAAGCUAUGUACAGAAAAUGUUUCAACGAAAAUUAUAAUUUGGGAUUCCACAGGCCAAGGAAGGAUCAAUGUCGGAUAUGUAUGUCUUUCCAUAAUGCUUCAGCUGCCGAAAAGAAAUCUUCGGAAACUACUUAUAAUGCUCAUUUACGAAUGAAGGAGCUGGCAAGAGCAGAAAAAAGGAGCGAUAAAGCUAUUGCCGAAGAAUCUAAUGGAGAGCUCAUUUGCGCGAAUUUUGACCUGCAGCAAGUAUUACUUGUUCCAACAGAUCCAACGAACAAUGCGCUCUUUUACAAACGCAGGCUUGCUACCUAUAAUUUCACAGUAUACAAUGUUGUGAAUAAACAAGGAGAUUGUUUCAUGUGGACUGAAACAGAAGGUAAAAGGGGCAGCUGUGAGAUUGGAAGCUGCGUAUACAAAUACCUCAAAUCAUUACCGAUUUCCACGAAACAAGUAACCUUCUAUAGUGAUAGAUGCGGUGGCCAAAAUUUGAAUAAAUUCAUGGCAGCAAUGUGUUUGCUAGCCGUCCAAGAAAUUGAUAAUAUUACAAGAAUUGAUUUGAAAUUCCUGGUGAGUGGUCAUAGCGAGAUGGAGUGUGACUCUAUGCAUGCUGCAAUCAGUAGAGAAUUCAAAAGAAUUGGUAAGGCGUUAUGGCCAGAAGAUUGGAAAACUAUAGCUCGUAGUGCGAGGCGUAAAGGAGAUAGGCCUUAUAUUGUCCACGAUCUCAAACAAGACGAUAUUUUUGACUACAAAAAAUUCGUCGAGCAGAACAUGUCCAUCAGAAAAACAGACGAGAGUGGCGGACCAGUGAACUGGCAGAAAAUGUGUUGGAUGCGUUUCAACAAAGCUCUGCCGUUCAUUUUGGAGUUCAAAGAAGCUUUCGAUGGUGAAUUCAAACUCCUCAACUUCAACAAGAAGACACUUCGUAGUUCUCACCCCGCAACUUCACUGCAACCUUUGUACAAAGACUCGAUUCCUAUCACAGAGCAAAAAUAUUCAAACUUGGCAUCUCUAUUCGAAAUGAAACCUCCAGCACUAGGAGAUGCUUAUAAACCAUUUUAUUACAGUUUACCUCACAAUAAUAAAGUUCCAGAUGUUUUAUCCGAUAUUGAAGAAGAAACAACUGAAGACUGA